AUGGAUCAGAAUCCUCAAAUUGAGACUAUCAAUGGAUGUGAGCAAAAAGAUGCUGCUUUGAAUUUAGAGCAAACAGCUCAAUUAUAUCAUGAUUCAGUACUAUUAAAAAUAACACGAAUGAAUGAAAUUUUAAGAAUUAAAGAGAUAAAUCAUGAUUAUUUACUGCAAGAAUCGAUGCAUCAAUUACAAAACGAACUUUCCAUGUACCCAGGAUUUAUUGCUCAUCCAGACAUCGUAGACACAUAUGAGUUAUUAUUAAAUGAUCUGUCUCUGUACUCAUGGCGAUAUCAUGCAUUGUCUCGGGCCUUUCUCCAAAAAGAUUGCUCACUGUACAUGAGUGAACUUGAUAAACUUGUGGAAGAAAGGAAGAUGGAUUUCAGGAAAACUGGUUCAAACUUUGCGAAUUUUCAAAUCGCAAAUGAAAGAAUAUUAACUAAUCAGGAAAGAGAAAAAAGAUCUUUACUAAAGACUGAAAUAGAUUUAGACGAAAAAUUAAACGCAUUAACUGAGCAAGUUGGCCAACUUCAGCAAGAUGCAAGUGAUACUGAGUCAUCACAUCAUAAUAUUCAAAAAUACAAGGCUGACUUAACCUUUAAUACAUUGAAUGAUAUUUUACAGUUGCAACAAGCUGACAGUGUGAUGACUGAGAUGAAAGCCUUGAUAUACAGGCUCAAAAAUGAGGAUAAUUAUUUUAGAAAAAAGUACUCGGAUAUGGUACAAAAAAUGAACGUGAUGAUGAGUCAAAUGAUAAAAUUAUUGGUGGCUGAAGAAAAGGAAAAAACUACUGAAAAUGAAACUCUUCAGUCAUUUGUGGAAGAAAUAAGCAAAAUUGCCAAUAAUUAUUUCCUAUUAUUUAAAGAUCUUCGCGCAAAAAUACCUGAAAAACAAUACAAGAGUAAACUUGCUAAUCUUCUGCAAGAUCUAUUCAAACUUGUAUUUAAAGGAAAGAUGGAAUUAGAAGAUGAAUUGAUAGAGGAUUCAGAAUCUUUGGAGCAGAAAAGUGCUGAGCAAGAAGCACUAGAAAAAAGUCUGCAAAAACGAGGCAGUGAAUUGAAAGAAAAAAUUGCUCAUCAAGUUCGAGAUCUUAUGAAAAAAUACCGUACUGCAGACAUUCACUUAGCAGCUGUAUUCUUCAAUAAAACAAAAGAAAUGAUUAUUCGCAAUGAAAUUUCUUUGUUUGAUUCAAUGAUUGAAGAAUUAUCAGACUACAGACGACGUCAACAGAUGCUACAAUCAAUAGUAAAAGCAGAAAUGGAUGACAGGAAAAAAAUGGUAAAGUCAAUUUUUCGAGCACAUUUUCAGUGUGAAAAAGAGUUGUACGAAAAUUUAAAUAAAGAUACCACUGCUAUUUGGACAUGGUUUCAGGAUGCUUACAAUCAUGUGUACGAACUAGUGAACUCUAAAGCCAAAGUAAAAGUAUCAAAAAUAGAAAAUACCUUGAAAAAGUUAAUGGAUUGCUUGACAAUAGUUGAAAAAAGUUCGUUAGAAGACUGGCCAAUUCUCGUGUGUAAGUUACAAGAGUUCUUAAAUAACGGAAAGGAAAAGAGGGGAAAAAAGAAAGACGUAGCAAAAAACGUAGUAUGCGACAACUUAGAAGUUACUGAAAGAGAAAAAGUCGGUGAGGUCAUGGAAGCCUUGAAUGUUUCUGAAUCAUUCUGUGAGGAAUUCAGUGAUCAAGAAAUCGAAGAAACAGAAAGUGGUGCUGUAUAUAAAACUGAACUACAAGAGUUAAGGAAAGUAAUGCAGUUUUUAAGCGAAGACUUACAAUUUACUUGCACUACCCAACAGGAGAUAUUGCAAGCAAUGAGAUGUAUGGAAAAUUUGAAGUCUGUAGUAGAAAUACAGCAGAUGAAUUUAAACGUAGAAGCAUACAAGAAAUACGAUAUCUUGAAAAAGUUUUUGAAUUGGUUGGUAACCGAAAAUGAAGCGCUUAAUAAGGAGCUGGAAGAAAGGAACAAACGAAUAAAGCAAUUGAAGCGUAUAGCAGAAAAUUUUCAAUUUUCAACGUUAGAAAGAUUAGAGAGGGAGCGUAUCGUUGAAGAACGUCAAAAAAGCGCUGGCUCUAACAUCUCCAUAGAGCAAGAAAUUCAAAAAUUUGAAGAGAGGAUGAAAAUGCAACCGCAACUCUUUUCAUCGCAACCACAGAAUUCCAUAGCUCAUUUAUUGCAACAAUUUUCUACAGUACUAUCGGCAGUUUCUACAUUGCAACUGCAAUCUUCUGCACCGCAACCACAACUUUCUACAACGCAGCCGCAACACUCAUCGCAGCCGAAAUCAACACCGCUACUGAAAACCUCUAUAUUGCAGCCGAAAACUUCUACACCGCUAUCGCAAACUCCUACUUCGCUACCGCAACCUUCACCGCAAAUGCAACCUUCCCCACCAAAACCGAAACCUACUGCAUCGCAACUGCAACCUUCUACACCACAACCGCAACCUUGUACAUCGCAGCUGCAAUCUUCUAUACCACAAUUGGAACUUUCCACACCGCAACCGCAACUAUCAGAUACCUCUGCAUCGGCAAAGCUGUCUUCUACAUCACCUUUCUUAGAGCAACAACAAUCUUCUACAUCCCAACUGCAACCUUUGCAAACUCGCAUGCAACGAACUAAACCAGUUCAACAGCAUCCAGUAGCCAAGAAAAGAACUUCAAAAAGUAAGCAUUAA